UAAAAAUGCCCCCAAAAUGGAUUAAAGGGAUAAUAAAUGCUGCUGAUUCCCUACUGCAUUGAUAUUUGCAAAAACAGGAGGUUAAGAGGGAAACUACCUAUGAAUUAGUCACUGCCAUCAUCUACCUGUGCCACAGCUUGAUUAUUGACAUUUGUGUCUAAAGGUGUUGAACCCAGGGACGUUAUUACCCAUGAGAGUAUCACGUUGCCCUGAAAAGAAUUAAAGCAUUUACAUCUUGAGGCAAAAAUCUUUUAAAACACAACUCUGGAAAUCAACAGGCCAGCUGACUCUUAGGAGCAGGGAAAGAAGGAUGAAGAAGGAAUGGAAGUGGCCUGAAUCAUGAAGUUUAGAUUGUUCUGAUGGUUUCAAUGCCUCAGAGAAAUAUUUUCCAAUUGAAAGCGUAUUUUUAGCCAGACUAUCAAAGUAUUUUUCAACUGGACUGCCACUGCACUUGAACUUGGAAUCUUGUAACCUGAGGAACUGCACUUGGGAAAAGGAGAAUCUUCUAACAAAUGGGAAAUUAUAAAUCCAGACCAACGCAAACUUGUACUGAUGAAUGGAAGAAGAAAGUCAGUGAAUCUUAUGUUAUUGUAAUAGAAAGAUUAGAAGAUGACCUGCGGAUCAACGAAAAAGAACUUACAGAACUAAGGCAUAUAUUUGGUUCUGAUGAUGCCUUCAGUAAAGUCAAUUUAAAUUACCGCACAGAAAAUGGUCUGUCUCUACUUCAUUUAUGUUGCAUUUGUGGAGGCAACAAGUCACAUAUUAGAACCCUUAUGUUAAAAGGUCUCCGCCCAUCUCGACUGACAAGAAAUGGAUUUACAGCCUUGCACUUGGCAGUUUACAAGGAUAGUGCAGAAUUGAUCACUUCUCUGCUUCACAGUGGAGCUGACAUACAGCAGGUUGGGUAUGGCGGCCUCACUGCCCUGCAUAUUGCUACAAUUGCUGGUCACCUGGAGGCUGCUGAUGUACUACUGCAACAUGGAGCUAACAUCAACGUUCAAGAUGCAGUUUUUUUCACUCCAUUGCACAUUGCAGCAUACUAUGGGCAUGAACAGGUAACCCGCCUCCUUUUGAAAUUUGGUGCUGAUGUAAAUGUAAGCGGUGAAGUCGGAGAUAGGCCCCUCCACCUAGCAUCUGCAAAAGGAUUCUUUAAUAUUGCGAAACUCUUGGUGGAAGAAGGCAACAAAGCAGAUGUCAAUGCUCAGGACAAUGAAGAUCAUGUUCCACUCCAUUUCUGUUCUCGCUUUGGACACCACGAUAUAGUGAAGUACCUGCUCCAGAGCAAUUUAGAAGUUCAGCCACAUGUUGUUAAUAUCUAUGGAGACACCCCUUUGCACCUGGCAUGCUACAAUGGCAAAUUUGAAGUUGCCAAGGACAUCAUCCAAAUAUCAGGAAUAGAAAGUCUGACUAAAGAAAACAUCUUCAGUGAAACGGCUUUUCACAGUGCUUGUACCUAUGGCAAGAGCAUUGACCUGGUUAAAUUUCUUCUUGAUCAGAAUGUCAUAAGCAUCAACCACCAAGGAAGGGAUGGGCACACAGGAUUGCACUCUGCUUGCUACCAUGGUCACAUUCACCUGGUUCAGUUCUUACUGGAUAACGGAGCUGAUAUGAAUCUGGUAGCUUGUGAUCCAAGCAGGUCUAGUGGUGAAAAAGAUGAGCAGACAUGUUUAAUGUGGGCUUAUGAAAAAGGACAUGAUGCAAUUGUCACACUCCUGAAACAUUAUAAGAGACCUCAGGAUGAAUUGCCUUGUAAUGAAUAUUCUCAGCCUGGAGGAGAUGGCUCCUAUGUGUCUGUUCCAUCCCCUUUGGGGAAGAUUAAAAGCAUGACAAAAGAGAAGGCAGAUGUUCUCCUUCUAAGGGCUGGAUUGCCUUCACAUUUCCAUCUUCAGCUCUCAGAAAUUGAGUUCCAUGAGAUUAUCGGCUCAGGUUCUUUUGGGAAAGUGUAUAAAGGACGAUGCAGAAAUAAAAUAGUGGCUAUAAAGCGUUAUCGAGCCAACACCUACUGCUCCAAGUCAGAUGUGGAUAUGUUUUGCCGAGAGGUGUCCAUUCUCUGCCGGCUCAAUCAUCCCUGUGUCAUUCAGUUCGUGGGUGCUUGCUUGAAUGAUCCCAGCCAGUUUGCCAUCGUCACUCAGUACAUAUCAGGGGGUUCUCUAUUCUCCCUCCUUCAUGAACAGAAGAGGACUCUUGACUUGCAGUCUAAAUUAAUUAUUGCAGUAGAUGUUGCCAAAGGUAUGGAGUACCUUCACAACUUGACACAGCCAAUUAUACACCGUGACUUAAACAGUCACAAUAUUCUUCUCUAUGAGGAUGGGCAUGCUGUGGUGGCAGAUUUUGGAGAAUCAAGAUUUCUGCAGUCUCUGGAUGAAGACAACAUGACAAAACAACCUGGGAACCUCCGCUGGAUGGCUCCUGAGGUGUUCACACAGUGUACACGCUACACCAUCAAAGCUGACGUCUUCAGCUAUGCUCUGUGUCUGUGGGAACUUCUCACCGGCGAAAUUCCAUUCGCUCAUCUCAAGCCAGCGGCUGCCGCAGCAGACAUGGCUUACCACCAUAUCAGACCUCCCAUCGGCUAUUCCAUUCCCAAGCCCAUAUCAUCUCUGCUGAUGCGAGGGUGGAAUGCAUGUCCCGAAGGAAGACCCGAAUUUUCUGAAGUUGUUACCAAGUUAGAAGAGUGUCUCUGCAACACUGAGCUGAUGUCUCCUGCAUCAAGUAACAGCAGUGGGUCUCUCUCACCUUCCUCUUCUUCUGAUUGUCUGCUGAGCCGCGGAGGGCCUGGCCGGAGCCACGUGGCAGCUUUACGGAGUCGUUUUGAAUUGGAAUAUGCUCUAAAUGCAAGGUCCUAUGCUGCCUGGUCCCAGAGUGCUGGACAAUGUGCCUCUCAAGGCCUGUCUUUGGAGGACAUGAAGAAAAGUCUUCAGUUCUCACCCAUUGACAAAUAUGGCUACGUGUCUGAUCCCAUGAGUCCGAUGCAUUUUCAUUCUUGCCGGAAUUGUGGCAGCUUUGAGGACAGCAGCUGACAGCAUUCCGCAUUUACCUAAGAAGAGUCUUCCCCCAAACUGACAGCAACAAUUCCAACCCUGGCAGCCUUGCUUCCAUUUAUAUUUUACCCUCUAAGGUCUCCUUAAAUUGGCUUAUUCAUACUGGUCCUAUUUAAUACCCCACCACAAGUUGGGCUUUAGAUUUGUGGCUGAGGAAUGAAAUGCAAAAGAGCCAAAACAGAAUGUAUUUGAAGAAUUGUUUUUAAUUUUGUAAAGGAAAAAAAUAAUUUUAUAUUGUUGUUUGGAGAUGGGGCCUUAGUCAUUGGUGGGGACUUAACAAUUGUUAUGUUUUCAUAGACUGAAUUAAGUAGACGUGUUUGAGAGACAUGCGUUUGAUUUCUUAGAAUAUUGUUCAUUUUCUUUUCUCAUUAUGUUACUUAAAGUGUCCAGCUCUGUGAUUAAAGAUUCUUUGGUGACAUACAAAA